GUCCGGUUUAUAUAUGUCGUAUUCUCGAGAGGACUUUUAGUGUGUUUUAUUAGAAACAACAAAAAAGUAACAGAAUAAAAAAGAUAACAACGACGUACUUUCCUUCGAAUCCAAUACGUGUAUGCAAAUUGCAAAGUGCUUUUUGAAUUCGUGAGAUUGAUUCGCGCCUAAGUUUACAAAAGAUUUAAAAUGUAGAACGAUUUUUGAAUCGGAAGAGAAACGGCGACGCGCUCUCUCGGAACGCUAGGGAAUCAUCUUGGAUCAGCCGGAGGGGCGAGAGAUUGGCGCGGUCGGUGUGCUGGUAGCGCCGGACCGAUCGCAGCGCCCGCGUGAAAACGUGGAUUGUCAGCGUCCGCCGCAGGCCGCAGCGGCGACAGAGUCAACAUCCGGCCGACGCAGAGAUGCGCACGUUUCGGCGCUCGGAAGAAGGACGCCGCGAUCGUGAUUUCGGGACAUGAAAGCGAGAUGAAUGGUCGUGACACGAGGACGAGGGCCUGAGGAGAGCGCUGGGACAAAACACUCCGCGAGGGCGAUUCGAAAAUCCAUUGUCUCCGCGCGCUCGUCCGCUAUUGUUUUUUUUCAGCAUCGUCGCCGUCGUUGUCCGACAAUCCGACCGUCAUCGUCAUCAUCAUCAUCAACGUCGUCGUCGUCGUUGUCGAUCAACCGGACGACCGCGCCGGUGCGCCGUGCGCUGCGCGUUCCUCGUGAGUGUUGCUGCUGCUGCUGCUGCUGCUGCCGCUACGUCGAGAGAAUCGCGGUAACGACGGUGAAGUCAGUAACAGUCUCGUUAUAGGGCGUGCGAGCUCCUCUACGUGAUUAAUCCCGCGUGAUUCGGAGAAGACGAUAAAGGAACUCGCUGUCAGGAUUAGUUAUCGUUGCGUGCUAUUCCGCCUACGAUCCGCCUGGCGGUCACGGCACCGUUAAUCCCGCGCCGAAGAAAAUCGUCGGGGGAUCAUUCUGAAGCGGCAGGCCGGUCCUUCUCCGCCUCCUACCUCCCUCCACCGACGACCCGGCGAAGCUGAACUUGUCGCGCGACGACAGCAAACACGGCGCGGACACAUCAGGCACGAGAAUCAUGUCGUCUGGAGCAGGAUCGAGUGGAACUGGACGAGGACGUGGUUCCUCCUUGGCAGACAAUAAACCAGAAAGUAAAGAAGCUAAGCCAAAUCCAAAGAUGUCAAAAGCUUUAGGAACUUCCGCUAAAAGGAUACAAAAAGAAUUGGCAGAAAUCACAUUAGAUCCACCUCCCAAUUGCAGUGCAGGACCAAAAGGUGAUAACUUAUAUGAAUGGGUUUCUACUAUAUUAGGGCCCCCAGGUUCAGUUUAUGAGGGUGGUGUGUUUUUUCUUGAUAUACAUUUCUCACCGGAAUAUCCCUUUAAACCUCCUAAGGUUACAUUCCGAACACGCAUCUACCAUUGCAAUAUAAAUAGUCAAGGAGUUAUCUGCUUGGAUAUAUUAAAGGACAAUUGGUCUCCUGCAUUGACAAUUUCAAAAGUCUUAUUGUCAAUAUGUUCCCUCUUAACAGACUGCAAUCCAGCUGAUCCAUUGGUAGGUAGUAUAGCCACACAAUAUCUACAAAAUAGAGAAGAACAUGAUCGCAUAGCACGGCUUUGGACUAAGCGCUAUGCCACAUGAGCAUGUUCUUAAUUCAUAUUAAACUCCUAUUAGUCUCAUGCCAAUCAUGACUUAUGAUCGCUGCUGCUCUCAUACAACUUGUCUCAUAUGUAGCCCAUAUACAUCUUUAUCUAUGAUCAUGGUCAAAAAACACAAGUGAUCAAAGGCCGUUUGAGAUCAGCUCAAACAUGAUUGUGAUGUGCUUUUAUGUUGAGUAUGUAAUGUGCCUAAGAUGAAUGAAUGUGCUUGCAAGUGUGUUUAAACAGUGUGUUAGGGCAUAAUGAGACAGGAGUUUUUCACUUAAAAGUUACAAUGAGAUAGUAUUUAAAUGGAUUGUAUUGUAUAUCAACAAUACUACCCACAAUGCUGCUAAUGUUUUUAGAAUAGGAGAUAACAUGAACAAUAUUAAUAAUCUAAAGUAUAAGUAAUUAAGUAUAUAGGUGACAUAAAAUAUUGACAUAGAGGGCCAUUUUUUUCAUAAUUAAACUCAUAUUUUUAUAUUGAAUUAUUCAAUUUAAAUUAUUAUAAUUCAUAUAUAUAUUUUACCUACCUUGAGGUAUAAACUAGUAACAUAUUUUACUAUAAUUUAGCCAUUGCAAAUUUACUGGCAUACAGUUUUGUGUUCAUAAUACACAGAAAUAUGUAUAAUGUUCUGCAUGAAGCAGACACAAAUGUUGUAUCGAUUGUCUGGGCCCAUUCAUAAAAAUGUAAUUGUAAAUAAAUUUACUGUAUACUUAUAUGCUGA